UGUUUAUUAUUCGUGAUGAAUACAGUACCUAUAUUUUUUUUAUAUUUAGAAUAUGCUCAAGUUACCAAAAUGUUGGGAAAUGGACGUCUAGAAGCUAUGUGUUUUGAUGGUGUUAAACGACUUUGCCAUAUUCGAGGAAAACUUAGAAAAAAGGUAUGGAUCAAUCAAGCUGAUAUAGUAUUAAUAGGUUUACGAGAAUAUCAAGAUACAAAAGCUGAUGUAAUCUUAAAGUAUACGCCYGAUGAAGCUCGUAACUUAAAAACAUACGGAGAAUUUCCAGAAACUGCUAAACCAAGACACCAGCGUCUCUUUAAUCUUCUCGGUGAAUUACCUGGAAUGUUUGCGGAGUUGAGGGCGAGAAUAAGUGGGUUGGGAUGGUUUGUAAGGCGAGAGCGGUACCGCUUGUAG